UUUUUUUUUUCCUCUCUUUCUCUUUUCAAACAGAAUAUGGCACCAAACCCAACUUCAGACUGGACAGAACUUCACGACCGUUUUUAUAGGUAAAAACUUUACUCAAGACAAGAGGGUUUCAUCUCAUUUUGUUCUAGAAAGCAAGAAGUAUACUCUUUGUCUUGGAACCAAACAGACCUUUCCAAGUUUAUGAUAGCAGGUGCACAAUAUGGUGGACCUAUAGCCAUGAUUCGAGACGAUAAAAAAGUGCUAUUGUUACAGAAACAACAACCAAUCAAACCAACUAUUUACAUGUAUACAAGUGCUGGUAAAUUGAUCGAGCAAAUCCAGUGGGACAAAGGACGCAUUGUAGCAUUAGGUUGGACAGAUCAGGAACAACUUGUGGUUGUUAUAGAUGAUGGAUCUGUUAGAUUGUAUACGCUUCAUGGAAAUCAUACACAAUUCUCUUUAGGAAAGGAUGCUAAAAACGACGGUAUCAUUGAUUGUCAAAUUUGGGGAGGAGGUCUAGUAGCCAUGACUGGAAAAUACCAACUUAUUUCAGUCACUAAUUUCGAAGAACCACAGCCAAAGCCAUUAGCUGAAUUAAGACUCGAAGAACCUUUGCACAGUUGGACUGUUGUCCCACCUCAAUUUACUCUAAGUCGUCAUGUAGAAGUAUUGAUUGCCACUGGCAGUACGAUUUUGGUGGUUGACAGUAAAGAAGUGACAGAUCAACAUUUAAAUCAAGGCCCUUUUACUAAAAUGGUCGUCUCUCCUAAUGGCAAAUUCCUCGCCUUGUUCACAUCAGAUGGUAAACUAUGGGUGGUGUCUACUGAUUUCCAAAAGAACUUGUCUGAAUAUGCUACCAAAUCAAAGAUUGCACCCCAACAAUUAGUAUGGUGUGGUACUGAUUCUGUUGUAUUAUAUUGGGAAAAGAUUGUAUUGAUGGUAGGUCCUUUUGGUGAUUGGAUAAAGUACACCUAUGAGGACCCUAUUUAUCUUGCUUCAGAAAUUGAUGGUGUACGUAUCAUCAGCAACGAUAAAUGCGAAUUAUUACAAAAAGUACCAGCAUGCACUGAAAAGAUCUUCAAAAUUGGUUCUACUGAACCACCUGCUAUGCUUUUCGAUGCAUUGGAUCAUUACGAACGUAAAAGUCCAAAGGCAGAUGAAAAUAUCCGUAGCAUCAAAGCAGAGUUAAUUGAUGCUGUGGAUAGCUGUAUUGAAGCUGCAGGCUUUGAAUUCAAUCAUUACUAUCAGCGUUCCCUUUUGAAAGCAGCUUCAUUCGGUAAAUGCUUCUUGGAAAAUUAUAAUGCCAAUAGUUUUGUGGACAUGGCACAAAGUAUUCGUGUUCUGAAUGCUGUACGAUAUCACGAUAUUGGUAUUCCUUUGACUUACGCACAAUACAAACGCUCGAGUCCUGAAGUAUUGAUUGAUCGCCUUAUUAAUCGUAAUCAUCAUUUACUUGCUAUUCGUAUUGCUGAAUACCUUAAACUUCGAACAGACAAGAUUUUGAUCCAUUGGGCAUGUGAAAAGAUCAAGACAACGACUGAAGAUGAAGAUACUGUGUGCCGUACCAUUGUUGAAAAACUUAUCAAAACACCUGGUUUGUCUUAUGCCGAAAUUGCAAAGACCGCACACGAUGCAGGCCAGACUCGUUUAGCUACAAAAUUACUUGACUAUGAACCAAGAGCUGCUGAUCAAGUUCCCUUGCUGAUUUCAAUGCAAGAAGACGAAACAGCCUUGAUCAAGGCCAUUGAGAGUGGAGAUACUGAUUUGGUCUAUUUGGUUAUUUUCCACUUGAAGCGUAAAUUACCCCUGGGUGAAUUCUUUAGAAUGAUCAACAACAAACCUAUGGCUUGCAAUUUGCUUGAAGUGUAUUGCAAAGAACAAGAUACUGAGCUCUUGAAAGAUUUCUACUAUCAAGAUGAUCGAAGAGUUGAUAGUGCUAAUAUUGUAUUGUCUGAAGGCUUUAACGAGAUGGAUAUUGCUGAGCGUAUGAAAAAGCUUAAAAUAGCCGGUAAAAUUUACAAUGAACAUCGUGAAUUAGCAUUUGAAGCAAAGGCUGUAGAUGAAGCAAUCCGAUUACUUCAGUUUCAACUCAUACUUGAAAAAGAUACCCAGCAGUCUUUCACCGGUCUUUCUACUAGUGAAACUAUAUAUAAAUGUACAACACUUGGUCAACACAAUAAGGCUAGCAAGAUUAAGACGGACUUUAAGAUUCCAGACAAGAGAUUUUGGUGGAUUAAACUUCGUGCUUUGGUGGAAGUCAGAGACUGGGAAAACCUAGAGAAACUUGCCAAGAGCAAGAAAUCACCUAUUGGCUAUGAGCCAUUUGUUGAAGAAUGCAUUAAGGCUAGACAAUAUCAAGAAGCUUCAAAGUAUAUCUUGAAAUGUGAGCCCCCUGUUCGACCUAUGCUUUUUAUUAAGAUUGGUGCAUUUAAAGAAGCAGGCGAGCAAGCCUAUUUGAACAAGGAUAUUGAAGGAUUAAGGGAGGUUCGAGCAAAAUGUACAAAUCAUCUUGUUGCCCAAGAACUUGAUUCACUUUUAGCACAGCUCAAUGCUAAAUAAAGAUUCCGAAUUUAUCGGGUAAUAAUAAUAAUAAUAAUAAUAAACUUCUUGGUACACUUUAUUGGGAAAAAAAGGUGUCAUACAAUAAA